AAUGAUGUCGAACAAUGUGGAGUGAGAUCAGUUGCACAAGAUCUGUUCUCUGAUGAUGUAAAGAGCACCAAACUUCACGGUCCAGUGGACAAGGAGGAGUCCACUUUGUCAAAACCAUUGCAGAAGAAAUCAGCUCUGGACCAGUCCUUUAAAGCUACCAAAGAAACUCACAAGACCACCAUCUCUCCCAUGAAGAGUGUCUCUGUGAAGGGGAAGUUGUUGGUCCCGAGGAAGAACGCUACCCUCAAAAUAAUCCAGGAGAGUGCAGCUCACACUGAGCACAUCAGAAAGAAUGGAGUGGCUUCAGUAGAACUCUGCCUGGUCUACCUACUGGCAGGAGAUUGCUGCCUGACAGACACCUUUGUGAGCUGCUCCUCCAGAGUUUAUCAGGGUUUCUGUAACAUCACUCUGAACAGGCCGCUGAUCUCUGAAGAGUUGAAGGCUGAACUCAACCCUUUGGUCAUUACCGUCCUGUCUGCCUCAUCCUUACCUUCAUCCCCUGUGCCACUACAUGUUCUUGAGGUAAUACCUAACCCUCUGGUCAUUACCGUCCUGUCUGCCUCAUCCUUACCUUCAUCCCCUGUGCCAUUACAUGUUCUUGAGGUAAUACCUAACCCUCUGGUCAUUACCGUCCUGUCUGCCUCAUCCUUACCUUCAUCCCCUGUGCCACUACAUGUUCUUGAGGAGAAGUGUCUUCCAGUGUACUGCCAGUACUGGUUCCACAACAUGCCUAUGCACCGCACCAAAGGCCAGAAGCACAGCGCUAAUGUCUACUUCCAGGACGUUAACGUCAUCAUGACAGGCCUGUUGAGUCCCGGGGAGCUGAUGGACUUCCUGCAAGGUCCUCCAGUGGAGAUUGAAGUCCAUGACAGGGACAGUAAGUUGGAGAAGGCGUUGACCACCCCUGCGCUGUUCGGGACAGAACCCAAUGAUGACAAGCUUAGUAGUGUGGUCCUUGUAUCUGGAAAACAAACAAAUCAGAACCCCUUCAGAGAGAGGACCAAACGCUACAAUCCUUAUGGCAUUGCCAAGCUCAACCUCAGUGACCUGCUACAUGGACAAUGCAGUUUGAAGGUGAACCUUCCUAUCCGCGGUCCACAACCGCCCCAGCAGCUGGACAGUGAGAGGAGUAACUGGAAAAGGAAGAUGGCUGCCCUUCCAGGGACUGGAGUUGUGGAUGGACAAAAGGAGCCUGCAAUGCCCAUGGGACACUACUUUGAUGCCAACUCCCAGCUCAAGGUGCAUGUGGAGAUAGCGUGUCCUCUGAAGGUGGGGUGCGAUGAUGGGAAAACUGGCUGCCCAUUUGGUCGCAUCAUCUACCUGUUCAAGUACACAAACAUCUCUGCGAUGUCACUGCUGAGGUCAGAGCUUCUGAGGAUCAACGCUUUAGCAUUCCAGUUGGAGGACCAAUCAGAGGAGACUGUGGAGCGGGCGCUGUCCUGUUAUAAGAUGGCUGUCAUGGAAAGGGAGAGCCGUGAUCUGGAUGUGGUUACGGGGUUCCACCUGCUAGAUAAACAGAUCCACCUAUUUGUUCUAGAAGGACUGAAACAUAAAGCCAUCCGUAGGCUCUGGGAGGCCGUCCCUAUAAAGUUGACCGGCUCUGAGGAAGACCAGGUGAUAGUUCUCUAUAACUCUAGUCUGAGUUUCUAUAAUCGUCUCUAUGACCUCCUGGACAUCAGCUUUACUCCGAUCCACCUCCACAAACCUCUGGAGACCAUCAUGAGACAACCUCUAGUCUACAUCAGAGACAUGGUGCCUUACCCCUGCUUCCAGGCCAUGUCACGGUUGAGCCUGUUGGUCCAGUUGCGGAUGUUAAAGGAUGUUGUCCAGAACAAUUUGUUCCCAUCAGCUGAGAUGAUUCUUUCCAUGAACAAGGAGUUCGGAGUGUUGGAUCUUGGGAAGUGGCGGCAGGGACUAGAGGGUAGUAGAGUGGUGGAGGCUGGUGUGCCCUCCUACCACGGCCCAGAGAACCCAUCCUGUUGCCUGGACACACAUAACCACCUGUGGAGACAACACAUGCACACCAAGCAGUUGAACAAAUUCACCAAAGACUUUAUACAGGCCAAUAUAGCAGAAGUGCAAGGACUGGCCAGGACUGGAGGACUGAGGGUUCCCCUGGAGGAGGCCAGGACUGGAGGACUGAGGGUUCCCCUGGAGGAGGUCAGGACUGGAAGACUGAGGGUUCCAGUGGAGGAGGCCAGAACUGGAGGACUGAGAGUUCCAGUGGAGGAGGCCAGAACUGGAGGACUGAGGGUUCCAGUGGAGGACACCAGGACUGGAAGACUGAGGGUUCCAGUGGAGGAGGCCAGGUCUGGAAGACUGAGGGUUCCACUGAAGGAUCCCAGAAUUGGAGGACUGAGGGUUCCAGUGAAGGAGGCCAGGACUGGAAGACUGAGGGUUCCAGUGAAGGAUGCCAGAACUGGAGGACUGAGGGCUCGGAGCAGAGCAUCCUGGAGGACAGACGACGGCUUCAUCUGCCCAGGCUUCAGGAGCUCAAUUGAGGCCAAUGAACACCCCAGACAACCUGAUGAGGCCCGGAGAGAGGAGCUAAGGAAGCCAUGGAAGGAGAACAUUCUCCAUGGUAACCUCCUGAGACCCACCUUGCCCGAGAGAGACAGACUUCCCUGGCUACAUCGUUACGGCGACAUGGAACUCUACGUCAAGCCACCAGCUUUUUUUAGUCCUGUGCCACCUGUUACCAUUCACCUAGCAGGAGAGCGUCUACAGAAAGAGCAGAGACAGGCUGCUCAGCGUCAGUACUACCGCUGGCUGAGGAAAGUGCUUCCUGACACCAGACGCUCCCCUGUUCCAACCUCCAGUUGCAGCCAAAGGCGGGUUCCCCAGUUCAGCUGCCACAUGGGUGGGGCUGACCCAGGGAAGUUGCAGGAAAUGCUGAAGGAUCCACCAAUGAAAUACUCCCUGAGAAAGCCUGGGCUCACUCUGAAGCCCAUUCCAGUGCUGUCAGUGGUACAACGCCCCCAGCAGGUCUCCGGGUCAGGUUGUGUAGAAAGAGAGGACGGCUUGGCGUUCACCCCGGGGCCUUACCAGAAACACAGUCUGAGCUGUGACAACAACUUCAUUCCCAGACACACCUCGCUCUACAACAAGUAUCACUUUGUAGAGUUCCAGAGGGAGAGGUCGUUCGAGUACAAGAGGUCAGCUCUGCCCCUGACAGACAUGGAGAGAUGUGUCCAUGUCUUCCAGCAACCCCCUGCCGCUUAUUACAGACAGACAGUUGGAAGCAGCCAAUCCCAUGCAGCCAGGAGCAUCGUGGAGACCCGGACACACAGAGAUGUCACCCUGCAUGUCAACUGAGGAGCAGCAUCCUGCUCUGAAAGAGCACAAAGUGCCCUGUAUGGACCACUACACUCUGGUCAAAAGUAGGGCAUGACAGAAUAGGGUUGCCAUUUGGGACAUCCGCUCAGACUGAAAACACCACUGAAAUAGACAAUAAUGCCCCAAAAAAAUCAACACUUAGAAUAAAAGGCCUGUAUCUUCUAACAGCCAUCAACAAUUCAUUAUAUAAACUG